GAUUAGCUGGAUCAUAUCAUCUCGGAUGUGUCUUUUGAUCUCGGAUGUACGAAGAACAGGCCCCAGGAAGUUAAAUAAUAAAUAAAUAAAUACAAACAAACAAACAAACAAAGUCGCUCGCGCCGGAUUUUGUUCAGCUGAUUGAAACCGGAAGUGGUGUGUGUGUGUGUGUGUGUGUGUGUAGAUGGUGUGUAGAUGGUGCUGGUCGUGCAGCAGGUGCUCUGUCGCAGUGCAUCAUGGGAGAGGAGUUCAUCAGGGAGCUGCUGAGUCUGUGCUUACACCGGCUUGCUUUAGAGCAAAACACACACUCUGAGCUCGAGCUUAUUGAGGUGGUGAGAAACUUCGAGGUGGUCAGGAAGAAAUGGCUUCACGCCGAACUGGAGCUGAAGAAAUACAAAGAGCUGCUGGUGAAAUCGGACGUGGCCCGCGCCGCGCUGGAGGUCAAACUCAAACACGCCCGCAAUCAGGUGGAUGUGGAGAUCAAGAAGCGUUAUAAAGUCGAGGCCGACUAUCAGUAUCUGGAGCGUCAGAUGCUGCUGAUGACUGAAAUUCUCGCUCAGGACAGCAAAUCAAAUGCCUGCCUUAAUGAGGAACAGAGGAACAUGCUGGCCAGCUUCCAUCCCCGAGGAGCUAACAUCACACAGCACAGAGGCAAACGGUUAUCUGUGAUCGAUGAGUCGUCCUUCCUGUCUCAUUCGGACAUCAGCUACGACAGGACCGAUGAUGACCUGGAUUUGGACAGUGCAGCUGUAGUGAAGCCUCUGAAGUCGAGACCUCGGGAGAAAAGACGUUCGUCGUUGGGGCCGAUCGUCGGACUUCCGAUACAGAAACGUGGGCGACUCGCUGGACGUUCUGGAGAUCUGCUCAGCGUGAGACCGUCAGAGAUGGAAGUGGAGGCAACAGUAGUCACAGCAUCAGUCACUACCCCUGAUAAUGGCGGUCAGAUCCACAUGGUGAUUGAUAUCACUCAGGAAAUGCCGGAGCCAAUCAGAACCCAAGCUGAUCUCCUCCCUUCUGUGAGCGAGCAGACAUCAGUGUGGGCUCACUCUGAAAUCACCGAAGUUGAGAUGGUGAUUGCACAGAUGGACGAGACUAGUGCAGAACCCAAAGUUCCUAUGUCUUUCAAUCCCACUGUGGACUCUAAUGUCCAGCACACUAACGUCCAGCAUGUUAACACCCAGAGGGCUAUUGUCCAGCAUGCUAAUGUCCAGCACAAUACUGUCCAGCAUGUCUUCCUGCCCAAAACUGUGAUACGUCCGGAGACAUGCACUCAAUGCAAGAAGAGGAUCCGUUUUGGGAAAGUGGCGGUGAAGUGCAGGGAUUGCCGUGUGAUCGCUCAUCCCGAGUGUAAACACCUGUGUUUGGAAAAAUGUUUCCCUAACACACAGAGAACUGUCCAGCCUAGUGAGGAGACAUUGGAGGGUUUUUGUCCCUCCAUUCCACCCCGGAUCCCAGCACUGAUCGUUCAGUGUGUUAAAGAAAUCGAGCGACGCGGCCUUGAGGAGAAGGGGCUGUACCGUGUGCCGGGAGGAGAGCGGGCGGUGAAGGAGUUACGGGAGCGGUACCUCAGUGCUAAAGGUCCUCUGCUGCUGCACAGAGUGGAUGAGAUUCAUGUGGUGUGUGGCCUCCUGAAGGACUUCCUGAGGAAACUCAGAGAGCCGCUCGUCACCUUCAAGCUCCACAAAACCUUCAUGGAAGCAGCAGAAUUAGCAGAUGAUGAUAACAGCUCAGCGAUGAUGAUCCAGGCCAUCGGAGAACUUCCACAGCCGAACAGGGAAACUCUCGCCUUCCUGAUACUGCAUCUGCAGAGGGUUACUCAGAGUCCUCAGUGUCAGAUGGAUCAGAAUAAUCUGGCUCGUGUUUUUGGACCCACCAUUAUCGGACAUGGCAUGUCAGAACCGUCUCCGCUUACCAUCAUGAGAGACACCAAUACGCAGCCCAAAGUGGUGUUGCGGCUGCUCUCUUUCCCAGCUGAUUACUGGAAGAGUCUCCUUACGGCAGAAGGAGAUCAGCCCAGUUCACACACACACACUGAGAGAGAUCAGCCCAGAUCACACACACACACUGGGAGAGAUCAGCCCAGAUCACACACACACACUGAGAGAGAUCAGCCCAGAUCACACACACACUUUGGGAGAGAUCAGCCCAGAUCACACACACACCCGGAGAGAGAUCAGCUUAUCUCUUCAGUCAUACAUUCCAACAUCAGCAGCUCCACUCCAUCCACAGACCGAGAUCGGAUGUUCAAACCCGUCACCUCUCCUGAGCUGAGUAAAUACAGCAGAACUCCAGGCGGCUCCUCCAUCAAGGGCAGGAUCAAGACCCUGGGCAAUGCUUUCAACAACCCAACCAAGCCAAGACCCGAACCGGCAAAAAAGAAGUUCUUUACAUCUCCAAAGUGAGAGACACAGGACUGGGAGUGUGUGUGUGUAUGUGUGUGUGUGUGUGUGUGUGUGUGUUUUCACCAGGUGUUGCAGAGUGUUUUGCUGUAAUAAUGUGGAGUAAUGUUUUUUCUUAGCAUGGUCAUGUGACUUAGCACUUUAUACUAAUUAUACUGUAGAAUACAUAAAGGAUAUUGUUGUUAUAUUACUGAUAAAUAUCAGGUAUAUUUAAUCCAUAUCAUGUUAAAAACUAUAACGUGUGUCUGAUUACCGGGAGAAUGUUUUCACUUUUUAUCAGGGUAAGCACUAUAAAAAAAAAUUAGCUGUAAAUAAACUUCAUGCAUCGAGGUGUGUG